AUGACUUCUCCAAAUUUCGGCGAUAGACGGUUACCACAACUAAAAUCAAGCAACCCAGCCGGUGGCGGAUCAGCCAAUCCGGCCAUUGCCGCUGAUUUAUCCGCUCGGAAACAGCCUCCUCCCUCCAGGACCAGGAGUCACCAGCAAUAUAAUUCGUCGCCGCCAAUCAAGCAGGAGCCCAGCGACUCCCUAAACAAGUUAACCCUUGUGGAACCCUCGCAGCACCCAAGUGAUGCAAGACCCAGCAAGCGCCCCGCGGUUUAUUCAGAAGACCGGCCCAGUAAGAGCAGACCUCGUCCAGGCUCCCCGGCUUACUCUCCUGGCCGCUAUGACUACGAACUUUCACAUAUAAAUUCCCCCCCGCCGGACUCGAGUGGGCGGUCACCCUCGGCAGGGGGCUACCAAUCUGCUCAGCAGACGCCCGUCUCCUCUCCCAGGCCAGCCUCGCACCAACUGGCUACGAGUUCCUUGGCCGCGCGUCAUAGCAGUCGUGCUCUAGUCCACCACACCGAGUCGGAGAGGAAGUACUAUGAUCCACCACGACCCGGUUCGGCUCAUUCGUCCCAGGAUGAUUGCUCAGCCGAACAAGAUAUAAGACCACUCCUCCAGCCCGAGACCAGGCCCAUCUCGCAGGAACAACUUGUCAAUGAAGUUAAAGGGAUAUAUGCUGGCCUCGUCAUGGUCGAGAAGAAGUGCGUCGAGAUAUGUGCCCAACAAGCUCAAACCACAAACAGACUCUCCAACGAGCAGUGGCAGGCAUUGAUCGCCUUACAUCGCACUCUCCUUCACGAACAUCAUGACUUUUUCCUCGCAUCUCAGCACCCGACAGCAUCGCUGGCCUUGCGGCGCCUUCCCACCAAAUAUGCAAUGCCGGCGCGAAUGUGGAGACAUGGUAUCCAUUCUUUCCUUGAGCUGCUCCGCCAUCGUCUCCCGUAUUCUUUGGAGCAUAUGCUAAGCUUUGUUUACCUCGCGUAUCAAAUGAUGGGUCUUCUAAUGGAAUCGGUCCCCGCCUUCCACGAGACCUGGAUAGAAUGUUUAGGCGAUUUAGCUCGCUAUCGUAUGGCUAUUGAAGAGGCUGACCUGCGAGAUCGCGAGACUUGGUCCAACGUCGCUCGCAUGUGGUACCAGAAGGCCGCCGACCGCUCGCCCGACACCGGAAGGAUCCAACAUCACCUUGCAGUUCUUGCUCGACCUAACAUUGUCUGCCAGUUAUUUUACUAUUCUAAGGCCCUUAUCGCCGUCAAUCCGUUCCCCAACGCCCGGGACUCGAUUAUGCUUUUGUUUACUCCCCUAUUGGAGGCAUCCACAUCCUCAGGCCAGAAGUCCAAGUUGGAGUCCAUCCCUUCCAAACACUCCAAGCUCGAGAGCUCUUUCGUCACCGCCGCCGGUCUUCUGUUUACCAAGGGUUCCAUCGACCAAUAUUGCAUUCAGGCUGAUAGAUUUACAUCAGAAUUGGAGAGCCACAUAGCACGUUCUGGCGUCAACUGGAAGGUCCAGGGACCAGAGGUGGCUUCUGCGCUUAUCGCAUUCCUUCUUGACUUUGGCUCGGACGAAAAUUACCUCACGGCAGCUUUCCGUGCUAACCAUAAUCGAAUUAAAGGCGUCCAGCCAGAGGCGCAAGAGCAGCAGCAGCAGCAGCAGCAGGAAUGCAGUACCACGACCCCCCCGGACCCCAUGACCAAGGAACGCAUCCACCGCGAAUUCUGGGAACAAAAUGGAUCCAUCAAUGCAAACGACUUUCGUCAGGCCCCUCCACCUCCCGAGCAUCGUGUUAACAUCAAAUUUACGUCGGCCGACGAAGUUACCACCUACAGUCUUCCCGUUUGGUCCAAGGCUAUAUCGAUCGUGGCUGGCAAGCUUGGAGACCGCAACAUCAUACCCUUUCUGCAUCUUACGUUAGCAUUCCUUUGGUCACUAUCAUACGUUCCAGGCGCCCUGAUUUAUGUCGAAAAUUCUGUCCCGUGGCGAGCAUUGGUCCUUUUUUUGAACAGCUUGAGCAGAUCCGGUGUGUAUGAUGCAAACGUCGAAUCCAAGGACUUCCCUGAACGACGGUCGGCGACGGGAAGACAGUUGCCCGAAGACUUUCCUAUCCGCGGUCUGGUUUGGGCGCCGUAUUAUUUCCCAUCGGACUUCUUCGAGGGAGAAGUGGCCGACGAAGAUGAGCGCGCUUUGGAACUGCCAAGCCACACAGCACCACGGGCUGAACGGUGUCUCUGGCUGGGAGUCAGACUUGCAUCGUUGAAUCGGUAUUUGACAUAUGACCCGUCGACAAAGCAAUUUGGCUGCACCAACUUUGCUUUAUCGCUUGCGGGCAAUGACUCGAUGCAUACGUUGCACGUUCAAACACCCACCACCGCUGAACGUGAUCUGCAAAUGACCGACAUCUGA